AUGGUGCCUAAGCUGACCGAUGACUUUAACACGAGGGCACUGGUUGAGCGACACAUCAUGGAAAACCACCUGCAUUCAGAAGACGCUGAACAUAGAACCAGGGAAGAUGAGCAUCAAUACGAAAAGAAGACCUCGACGUGGACUCCAAAGGCUGGCCGCGACAAAUGGCUGGACACAUAUAUACAAGCGGUCAAAGACGACAUCAUUUGCGGAUUAAAACGAAAAUUUAAAUAUAAUCUGAACAAAUCGGAAGAACAGGCAAUCAAAGAAUUACUCCACGACGACGACAUCGUUAUUCGGCCUGCCGACAAGGGGUCGGGGAUAGUGAUAAUGGACAGAGAAGACUAUGUCAAAAAGUUGAAGUGUGAAUUGUCGGACAGUGACACAUACGUCGACGUGGCGGAUGAUAAAACAAGAAUUGUGGAAAACAAAGUGAAAAAAGUGGCCGAUACUCUUUACAAGAAGGGGUCGAUCGACAGUGACCUUAAAAGGUAUCUCACCAGCAGCGGUGGAACUUCCGGUAAGCUUCAGGGCAACCCGAAGCGUCAUAAACCUAGGAUGCCUCUCCGCACUAUUGUAAACGGCCGUAAUCACCCGACAGAGAAGAUGGCGGAAAUAGUGGAGAAUGAACUGCGCGAUCAUGUGACGUCACUUCCGUCGUAUGUGAGAGACACAACCGACUUUCUAAACAAAAUAGCACAGAUACAGCAGCCGUUACCAGACGGUACCAUCAUAUUUUGUUUGGAUGUGAAGGCUCUUUAUCCCAGCGUACCAAGAGAAGAGGCCCGUGCUGCAGUAACUGAAGCUCUCAAUCGGCGAAUGCAACCGGAAGUACCAACCGACGACAUGAUCAUAAUGACGGACACUGUCCUAAAUAACAACACCAUUUCGUUCAAUGGAGACCACUACAUGCAAAAUGAAGGAACUGCCAUAGGAUCGCACUUAGGUAUGAACUUCGCGUCGACCUACAUGGGGGCCUGGGAGAAAGAAUUAUUUUCGAAAUCAAAUAAACAUCCAAUAGCUUACUUCCGGUUCGUUGAUGAUGUUUGGGGCUUGUGGACACAUGGUUUGGAGGCACUAAAGACAUUCCAUGCGUUUGCAAAUAAAAUCCAUCCACGAAUACAGCUCGAGCUCCGCUACUCCACAGAGCAGCUCGAAUUCCUAGACACUAUGACGUCAAUUCGAACAGGAAGGCUGGUUUCAGACUUAUACUCUAAACCAACAGUUAGGCACCUCUACCAGCACAAGGACUCGUCUCAUACCGAGUGUACGAAGAAGGCCAUUCCGUACGGCUUAGGUGUGAGGCUGAAACGAAUAUGUUCGGAAGAGACGGACUACAAGAAACACAGAGAUGAGAUCAAAGAACAACUACUGAAGCGAGGAUACAAUGGCCGAUUCGUUGAGACAGAACUAAAGAAAGUUGAUAGCAAGAAGCGAGAAGAUCUGCUGCGUAAAAAGGUGUCUUCAAAAAGUACUUCUAGGCAACGAGCAUUAAAUUUCGAGAAAUCGAAGUUCCUGCGACGCCGUAACGGCUCUGACAUGUGGGCAGUUUCGCCGGAACUGGGUUGUCUCUCCGCAUGCAAAACAGGGGUCUGGGGCAAAUGCUCUGGUAAACUCGGUGGAAACCCCGUAUACGGAACCGGAUGCAGCUCCAUUUCCGACACCGGAAGUAUUCCCAAAAUACCCAUUCGGACGUAA